GAUUGUGAAAGAACACACUUGCGGCGACCGCAUGAAGAAACCGAAGCAAACCCAACUGAACCCCAAUUGGGUUCAACUCCAACAAAAGCUGAAGCUGAAGCUGAAUGGCUCCAAGGCUUCAAGGACCUUCAAAAAUUCAGAUGAAGACACCCCAAAAUCAAUAUUGGGGAAACGUAAAGAGAGAGCAGAUGAUGAAUCCAAUGAUUGUAAGAUUAAUCCUCUUGUUCCUGUGAAUGACGAUUCAAGUCUGACAGAUGCAGUGGCCAUGGAUUGUGAAAUGGUCGGUGUUGGUCAAGGAAACAAAAGUGCCCUUGGAAGAGUAACACUGGUCAAUAAGUGGGGAAAUGUUAUUUAUGAUGAGUUUGUUCGGCCAAUUGAGCGGGUUGUUGACUUCCGCACUAAAAUUAGUGGCAUUAGACCCCGAGAUCUUAGAAAAGCGAAGGAUUUUUGGACUGCUCAGACGAAAGUGGCAGAGUUGAUCAAAGGAAGGACCCUUGUUGGUCAUGCCUUGUGCAAUGAUCUUAAGGCUUUAUUGUUAAGUCAUCCCAAAAAGGAUAUCCGGGAUACAUCCGAGUACCAACCAUUUCUAAAGUCAAAUGGUAAAAGAGCACUGCGGCAUCUUGCUUCGGAACAUCUUGGUGUUAAGAUUCAAUCAGGAGAACACUGCCCUAUAGAAGAUGCUCGUGCUGCUAUGUUGCUUUACCAAAGAAGUAAAAAAGAGUGGGAGAAGAGCAUAAAAGAUCAAUUUCGGUUCAAACAGAAGCAAAAGAAACGGAAGCAGAAAAAGAAGCAAAAGAAUGAUGAAUAUGCUUCAAAUGCCAACCACACCAUCAUUGAAUCAUAGCAUUGGCUGCCCUUCAAUAGUUCAAUGGCUAUUGUAUUUCUUGAGUUUGAAUUAUAAAUGCAAUUAAAACUUAAAAGAGAAAUUUUUUUUACAGUUAUUAUAAGAUCAAUAUUUUAACUGUAGCUCAUACACGUGUUCUCUUUUGCACUCUCUAUCCCAAGUGUAAUUGGUAGGAAAGAGCUCGCAGUUUUGGUCAGUAGAAGAUUAUGAUGUAUUUAAAAUUAAAUCAAGAGUGUAUGCAUAACGAUUUGCUCAUUUUAGAGGAAUUUUUGUCAGUG